AGCACUAUCCCCCGAGGAGAAGGAGGAGAUUUGCACCGCGCACCUUCGUACGAAGAUCCUCGGAGAGGUCGACGAAAAAAGCAAAGGGACGACCACCGCAGCGGUGCAGAGCCUCGAGACACUCAUGGAGGACGGCACAAUUAAAAUUCCGCCCGUGUUUUACAACUACAAACUUGUUCUAGGGUGCCACUCGUAUUUGAAGGCCCUUGCUAGCAACCGCAACUGGUCUCUGUGGACCCAGAAGAUAAAGAUGACAGACGAGGGUCCAGUGCAGCUCGAGAACGCCACAGUUCAGGACGAUUCGUCCUUCGAUUCAUCCGACAUUGCGCACAUGCUACUGGGGGCAGUCCAGAACCGACUUCAACCAGACACUGCUGGCUGGGUCGGUCCGGUGCCACGUGGGAAGUCCGGUGGAGAGUGGUUCGUUUUCCAGAAGCGAGACCCUAGCGACGAGAACUCUAGCAAUCUUCAAAACUGGCACCCCCCGGAAAGCGCCACGAAAGGUGGGCUGGCUAACUUCUACAACGCUGCAGCCAAUGCGAAGAGGAGCAGGCGGAGGAACAACAACAAGCAAGAACGGCCCGGGUGGAUGCCGGAAGACGACUACGAGAAGCUGAAAGCGGAACUGCAUAAACUUUCUGAAAAGCAGAAGCGCGAGAUUUGCAACGCGUACAUAUAUCGUACGAAGAUUCUCCGGGACGAUAUGGAUUGUAAAAAUGUCUGCGUCUGGAAGAAUGCUAGACUUGUCAUGCAGGUUUUCCAUGACCCAUGGGAUCUGAUAUGGAGGACAUAGCAUGACAGAUUCUGUGCGAGUUCUAUCAUGCCUAUCCUGCAUUAGAAACUGCCUCUCGAUUAGAUCAAAAGUGGACAGCUUUUGGUAAUCAUGCAACACAGAUGUUUACAUGAUUCAGUUAUAGCAUGACAAGUUGCUUUGUUCCAGACCCAGACAUUUUUGCAUUUGAUAGACGAGGACGACGAGCAACGCGCGGGUGGUGAAACGGCGGCGGAGCAGCUCAUGCAAGAGAUCGGGCACGAGGACGACAGGCAACUGCAACGCACGGGUGGUGAAACGGCGGCCGCGGAGCAGCUCAUGCAAGAGAUCGGGCUCGGGGACGUCAUUCCGCCUGAGCUUCUUCUUGAGAAAUCUAAUCUGCAUUGCUAUCCGUACGCGCAGGAAUUUGUUGAGAAUAAAAGCCUGUGCCUGUGGGUGGGAACGCUGAGGACUGACGGCCAGGAAAACACAAUAGUUCCUUACGAGUUGUCGUCCCACACAUUUUAUAUUGCUCAGCUGCUUCUCGGUGCAGUCCUGCAACAACGUGUAGCAAAUCCAGCUGGUUGGGUCGGUCCCGUCAACGUUACACGCAAAAAAAAGGAGCGUAUGUAUGCUUUCCGCAAGCGAGAUUGCUGGGACUACGCAGAGAAGCCCAGUACCCGCGAGCUUCAGAAGCUCGGGCAAGAAGCUCUUGCUCUUGCACGCCCCCAGGACCAGUCGCAGAUGCCGCCAGUUGCUCCUGAUACCCCCCACGACCAGUCGCAGAUGCGGCCAGUUGCUCCUGAUCAGCAGGAUUUUUACAACUACUACAACAACUAUGGGUGGUUCCCGUUCCCCUAUGGGAUGACCUUCAGCUACAACAACUACCCGCCUCCAGGUGGGAUGUCCCAUGGGCUCAACUACUACUACCCGCCUGGUCCAGGUGCAGCUGAAUCGUCGGAGGUGCCUCCCGUCCGCCCGCCACCAGGGUUAGGGGGAAUUUACCACAGCACGCCCCCGAGGAUGGUACGGCGGCGGGCACGUAAUGCCGGCCCCGCACCCUAAUGGUACGGUGGCGGGCGCGUAACGCACAAACCGAAAUCUGUUGUAUCUGACCUGCCAGGGGUUUUGACUAUUGCGCUGCACUAUCCCCGUUUUGACUAUGAUUCCCGUUUUGCUGUACUAUAUCAGGGGUUUUGACUAUUCCCGUUUUGCUGUACUAUAUCAGGGGUUUUGACUAUACCGAAGCACUUCAAUCUCUUUGGCAUUUUGCUUUCUAUAUAGUUAUAUUCAAAUCGCUAUAAACAUUUUGGCACCGUAAGUAAGUACCCUCGCUUGUGCUCCAUGUGUUGUUGCGUCCGGAUGCAAACGCGAAGAAAGACACCAGGCAAGGCAAAAAUUUUAGAUGUGGGUGAUCGAGAUGCGGCAAGGAGUAGCUUGAGCUUCGAUCUAAGUAUGCAGCGGGGUCGUCCGCUACAUUGUAGCAAAGACAAAUUGAUGGUACUAUAGGUCCAAGAAAUUAUGUGAAGUGAAUGAUAACUAGACGAUAUCAACAUGAUCGUCUUAAAGUUGAACCUAAAUAAAGGAGUAUGCGCGAGUAUUUUCGUCUCGUCGGUACGCGUACGAAACGAAAAUCAAUAUCAAGAUAGCUUCUUCUACAUCUUCCUAUACGAGAAGAUGUUGAGAAACAAGUUGUACGAAGAAGCAAACAAGAAAGCAGCAUUAUCCCGUUUCCGGGGCAGCAGCUGCCGAGAGGAGCACUGGAGUUGUAGUAGUCCUUCCCUUCCUGUAGGUGGAGCGCAUCCAAAGUAGACUGCCUUAUUGAAUCUUCGAACUGCAGUUUCGAAAUUCACAACUACCAGAAGCAGAAAGGACUGAAAUCUAUAAACGCCGGCGUUGUAGAAACGAACGCCGGCGCCUCGUGCACAGCCAAAAUAGAAACAAACACAUCUUCAUCUGACGACGGAGCAGUGACGAUGCACCACCAUCG